AUGUCAUUCUUAACUGUAAUUAUCUUUUGUGCUACUAUUUUUUGUGUGCAAAGUGUUACGUACAAUAUCAAUAGUUCAACCACGAACUGGCAAACAAUUCUGUCGAAUUUGAAAGCGGGUGAUAUUGUUACCAUACAUCAUGGCACCUAUGUAACACCGGGCUUUUUUCAGCUGACAUUGAACGGUACCCUCAACAACCCGAUUAUUAUUCAAGGUGCACCCAAUGAGACACGUCCUAUUAUUCAGGGCCCUGUGGCUGGUGCAAAUGCACAAAAUGUCAUAAAUAUUCAAGGAUCGAAUUUCAUGGUGAAAGGAAUAGCAUUUACCAAAGGUUCAAGAGGAGUUCGUCUCGGACCCGCAGUUACAAGUAAUGCAAUUUUCGACAAUAUUUACAUUUUCAAUACCACAGGAACAGCAUUUUCAGCUAACGAUAAUGCAAAUGAAUACGUCAACAUAACAUUGAAAAACAGCGAAAUAACAAAUACAAAUGCUCUGGCUGCCACAACAAGUGAAUGUGUUUAUGUCGGAUGUGUGAGUGAUGAAUGUCGAAUUCGAGAUUCUUUAUUUCAACACAACUAUUGUCAUGACACACUCGGUUCGGUUGGAGGAUCACGAGCUGGAUUCCAAAUCAAACCUGGCUCAUACAAUGUCAUUAUUCGUAAUAAUGUCUGUUACAAUGUUGUUGGACCUUGUAUUAUUGUUUAUGAUGACUAUGAUCAUGGCCGAAAUUUAAUUGACGGAAAUUUAGCAAUCAAUGCAGGCACAGCUGACAUCGGAAUACAAUGUACAUCGGGAGCAACAAUCACUAAUAAUAUUGUGAUUAAUUCCAAUCUAGCUGGAAUUGGCGUUAUAGUCAACUCGCUAUAUCCUAAUGUCAGCUACACUCGAAAUAUAACCAUCAAUCAGAAUACAGUUUAUAUGUCGCAAGCAGAUGCUUGCCUUCGUCUGAAUAGUGUUACAAAUAAGAACAUCACAAUACUCAACAACGUAUUCUAUUGUGGAAAUCAACCAUCAAUCAAAGCCUCCAAUGAUUUGACUGGUGCCAGGAUUUAUAAUAAUGCUACCAAUGGCAGUAUUAGUGCUACGGGCAUUUCAUCAUGUGGAACAUUUGCAAUAUCCAGCAAUGCCUUUUUAAACGCUGCAGCAACCAAUUUUUAUCCAGCAUCAAGUUCUCUUCUAAUCAAUAAAGGUGUAAAUCUACGAUAUCAAGCUUUUUACGAUUACAAUGGAAUGCCACGAUCCAUCGUUACGCCAACAGUUGGUGCAUAUGUAAACAACUGUGAUAUUAUUUUAUUGAUUUGUUAUUAA